CUACGGCGGCGGCGCAGGGACGCCAGCUGCUGGCCGGGCGGAGCAGGGAGCCUGGGCGGGCCCGGCGCUGGCGUGCCCGCCAGGCAGCCAGGGGGGCGGGCGGCGAUCCGGACCCUGCCGGGCGUCCAGAUAGGCUUAAUCCUUCUUGAGCUUCUAAAGAAAAUGGCAGAAACAUCAUCAGAGCCUUCUGGGCAGCUGGUUGUACACUCAGACACACACAGUGACACUGUCCUGGCCAGUUUUGAGGAUCAGAGAAAGAAAGGCUUUCUCUGUGACAUUACUUUAAUCGUGGAGAAUGUGCAUUUCCGGGCCCACAAAGCCUUGCUUGCUGCCAGUAGUGAAUACUUCUCAAUGAUGUUUGCUGAAGAGGGGGAGAUUGGCCAGUCCAUUUAUAUGCUAGAAGGCAUGGUUGCGGACACAUUUGGUAUCCUACUAGAAUUUAUCUACACUGGCUGUCUCCAGGCCAGUGAGAAAAGUACAGAACAGAUCCUGGCUACGGCCCAGUUCUUAAAAGUCUAUGACCUGGUAAAGGCGUACACGGACUUUCAAAAUAAUCAUAGUUCCCCAAAGCCACCGACUUUGAACACAGCUGGUGCUCCAGUGGUGGUUAUUUCUAAUAAGAAAAGUGAUCAUCCAAAGCGAAAACGGGGAAGACCAAGGAAAGUCAACAGUUUACAGGAAGGAAAGUCAGAACUGGCAGCAGAGGAAGAAAUACAACUGAGAGUGAACAAUUCUGUUCAAAACAGACAGAACUUUGUGGUUAAAGAGGGAGACAGUGGUGUACUGAAUGAACAGAUUCCAGCAAAAGAACUGGAAGAAUCUGAGCCGACUUGUGAGCCAGCUAGAGGGGAGGAGAUGCCAGUUGAGAAAGAUGAGAACUGUGAUCCCAAGACCCAGGACUCUGGGCAGGACAGCCAGAGUCGGUGCAGCAAGCGGAGGAUUCGGAGGUCUGUCAAACUGAAAGAUUACAAACUUGUAGGGGAUGAAGAUGACCAGGGUUCAGCCAAGAGGGUCUGUGGACGGAGAAAGCGCCCCGGUGGGCCUGAGGCCCGUUGUAAAGACUGCGGCAAAGUUUUUAAGUACAAUCACUUUUUAGCAAUCCACCAGAGAAGCCACACAGGGGAGCGACCUUUCAAAUGUAAUGAGUGUGGAAAAGGCUUUGCCCAGAAGCACUCCCUGCAGGUCCACACCCGGAUGCACACAGGCGAGCGGCCAUACACCUGCACGGUGUGCAGCAAGGCUCUCACCACCAAGCACUCGCUGCUGGAGCACAUGAGCCUGCACUCAGGACAGAAGUCUUUUACCUGUGAUCAGUGUGGAAAAUAUUUCAGCCAGAAAAGACAACUAAAGAGCCAUUACCGAGUUCAUACAGGCCACUCAUUACCGGAAUGCAACGACUGCCACCGCAAAUUCAUGGAUGUGUCUCAGCUAAAGAAACAUCUGCGAACACACACGGGUGAGAAGCCAUUUACAUGUGAAAUCUGUGGCAAAUCUUUCACGGCAAAGAGUUCUCUUCAGACCCACAUCAGGAUCCAUCGAGGAGAAAAGCCAUAUUCCUGUGCCGUGUGUGGCAAAUCCUUCUCUGACUCGAGUGCCAAGAGGAGACACUGCAUUCUACACACCGGCAAAAAGCCUUUCACCUGCCCUGAGUGUAACUUACAGUUUGCUCGGUUAGACAACUUAAAGGCUCACUUGAAAAUCCACAGCAAAGAGAAACAUCCGUCUGAUGCCAGCAGUAUUUCUGGCAAUAAUAAUGCUGAAGAGGUCAGGAAUAUUCUUCAGCUACAGCCCUAUCAACUCUCUGCCUCCGGAGAGCAGGAAAUUCAGCUUCUCGUAACCGAUUCCGUACAUAACAUCAAUUUCAUGCCAGGUCCUAGCCAAGGAAUCAGCAUCGUCACUGCAGAGAGUUCCCCGAACAUGACGGCAGACCAGACUGCAAACCUCACCCUGCUCACACAGCAGCCAGAGCAACUGCAGAACUUAAUUCUUUCAGCUCAACAGGAGCAAACAGAACACAUCCAGAGCCUCAAUAUGAUUGAAAGCCAGAUGGAGCCCUCACAGACCGAGCCAGUGCACGUCAUCACACUCUCCAAGGAGACUUUGGAACAUCUGCACGCCCAUCAGGAGCAAACAGGGGAGCUCCAUUUAGCGAGCGCUUCAGAUCCGGCUCAGCACCUGCAGCUGACGCAGGAGCCGGCUCCGCCGCCAGCCACCCACCAUGUGCCCCAGCCCACGUCGCUGAGCCAGGAGCAGAGCUGACCUGUUCACAGGCUCGGCUGCUCCGUUGGUCUCUUCUCCGUCAGCCCACUGUGACCAGCCUGUGUGCUUGAAGUUAGGCUUUCUGCCAUGCUCACUUAUGGAUUCUUACAGAGAAGCAGUAGCUUGCUAAGCUAGCCGAUAGCUUAAUGCUUUCCAUCCGAGGAGCAGGAUGUGUGUAUCAUGUUUUAUAUCUAAUGUUGUUUUGGACUUAACAUUUCAGUAUUGACGAGUGGUUUUCAUUUACUACAUCUCUUAAAGACUUGGGUAACUUUUCUUUGAGGGCGUUGUGUUAGACUUUUUCUAAGUGAGUAUUAACUAUUCACAGCCAUAGAUAACCGUCUUGCUGAUCUUUCUAGUUAUAUUUGAUUUUUUAGAACAAAUGAAAUCAUAUGUUGAAUUGGGUAAAAUGGUUGGUUCCCCGUCCUUAUUUGUCUUAGGCAACACAGUUGCUACUACAAGUUGGGGCUGAAUGUAACAGAUUAUGACUUUGGGGACUCUGUCCUUUUAAUAACUUCCAAUCCCCUAAGAUAGAGUAACUUCUCAAAAUUUAAUCUUUGCAUGUACAGUGGGCUCAUCAUAUCAUGUUUAAGAUAGAUUCAAAGACAUAGAAACUAAGUGUCUAUUUUAACUUGAAAUUUACAAAGGAGGAAAGCCAAAAGGAUAGGAUCGUUUUUUAAAUUCUGAAUUCAGCUUUUCUGAAAAGCAUAGAUUGACAUGGUUUUUAAAAGCAGGUUGUUGGAAAUUUAAAAGUGUAAUUAAGGUGUGAAAUUGGACAAGAUGUUCACCCCAAAUUCUGAACUUUUUGUCAGCAUUGAUAUUAAUCUCUAUGAUGAAGAUAAAUUCUUUCUUAAUUAGCCUGGAGUGUAAAAUUCAGUGUAAUUUGUGUUAAAUAUACUGGAUUCUAAUUGAUCUCUAAAAAUGUUGAUCUGUGUAUUGUGUCUGGUAAGUUUUUUGAUAGGAACUUAUUAUAACCUAUUUUUAUCACAAAGUAGGUUAAAUCUCACAAAAUAGACACACAAUUUUUUAAAGUAAAUUCUCCUAAUUUUAAAAAUACUUUUGAGCCUCAGCGUCUUAGUAAGCCAGCAUUGUCUAUAAUAGUGUGAUUUCAAAUAAUCGUCAGAAGGUUAAAUUAUGUUUUUGUCAAGUUUUCCAGCCCAGCCUAUUUUAUUGAGUACUUUGACCACUUUCUCUCAAGUAAACUGAUAGCAGGUUAUUGAGAAAAGAAGGUGGGCACGGAGGAGCCUGGUGGGCUGCUGUCUGUGGGGUCACACAGAGUCAGACAGGACUGAAGCGACUUAGCAGCAGCAGCAGCAGUAGUGUAUGUUAAUUAACAGUGUUGAUUGAGAGCAGCAGUAAUCGCCACUAAAAUUAACAGGAUCUUCACAUCAGUCACUUCUUUGGUUUAGAGAUCUUUGAUUUCCACCCGAGUCAAAUAAGUUUUUGGAAAAAAUUUAGAAUUGUUCAGGUUGAGAGAAGAUGAAAGUAUUUUUCUAACAUGUCUACCAAACUAUAGUUGUUUUAUUGUAUGUAAUUCAAAAAAUUCUUCAAUGAUUUAUCUUAUAUGUAUCAGCCAAAUUAUGCUAAAUCAGGCCUGACUGGAGACAAUUUUUAUAAAUACAGUUAUGUCCUAAAUAUCAUUUCAGAUUCUUGACUUAGUCAUUUAAACUAUUUACCUUAACCUUAUUGUUAAAAUGCAUUGUCUUUACCAGCUUUUCAAAGCCUACUGGCCCACAUCUUUUUUUCCUGGAGAUAUGUGAUAUUAAAGCAGAUAAAUGUUUAACUACUCAUUCUGGGUAGCUGGAUAAUUAUUAAUUAUUCAGGAAGUAUGAUCAUGAUCAUAUGACUAUUUCAAAGUGAAGUUUAACUAGCUUUAUGACAGUCUGCCUGUACUCUAAGAGAAACGUAGUGUGAGCCACAUGUAUAAUUUAAAAUUUUCUAGUAGCCACAUUAAAAACAUGAAAGAUGAGAUUAAUUUUAAUAAAAUCGCUUAUUUAAUCUUAACAUGUGCCAAGCUUUGCAGCAUGUAAAUAUGAAAUAUUAAAAUGUAAUCAUACUUGACAAAUUCUUUUUUUCAUACUAUGUCUUCAAAAUCUGGUGUGUAUUUUAUAUGGGGACUGCACACUCAGUUUGGAUGCUAAUGUUCAUGACACUUUUUUUAGGGUUCAUACAGUUUACAGUUGAAAACCUAGGUUUACAUACCUAGGUUACAGAUACAGGUUUUUCCCCAAUAACUGAAACAAGUGUGUUUUAAAAUUUGUAUUAGAAUUAAUUAAAAAUAAAACCUAGUUCCUCAGUCACAGUAGCUGCAUUGUGAGCGCUUGGUAGCCACAUGUUAGCUCGUGGCUCCUGGAGCACAUGUUACCCGUCUCUAGCAUGAGAGCUGGGCUCAGCAAUAAAAAUCUCUUUUGGAAGAUUCUGGGUUAUUUGACCAGCUGUCAAAGGGAAGUGAGAAAAGGAAAGCUUUAUAAAUCAAGUCUCUCUUCUAUGUCCUAAAUACACAUUCUGUCCCUUUGAAUUAAAUCCUUAAUUUUAA